AUGUAUAGUGAUAACGGCACGAAUUUUCAGGGCGCUGAUCGCGAGCUCCAACGCAGCUUUCGCGCUCUUAAGCGUGACCCCUUCCUAAAAAGCGUCCUCGCGAAUGACGGUGUCACGUGGCACUUCGUCCCUCCGGCGGCACCACAUUUCGGCGGGCUUUGGGAAGCAGGCGUAAAAAGCCUGAAGCACCAUCUCAAGCGGAUGGUCGGUGCUAGUACUUUAUCGCGCUCGGAAUUCGCGACCCUAUUAUGUAAGAUAGAAGCGUGCCUUAACUCGCGACCGAUCUCUCCGCUCCGCGACGAUCCUUCCGACUUUACCGCCUUGACGCCUGGUCAUUUCCUUAUCGGCAGACCGCUCACGAGCGUACCGGAAGAAUCGUUACUCGAAAUCAAUGCGAAUCGUUUGUCGCGAUGGCAACACGUGCAACGUAUGGUCGAGCAGAUCUGGCGCUCCUGGUCAUCGGACUAUUUACAUUCAUUGCAACAGCGAGUCAAAUGGACCGAAUCUCACGACAAUGUUAAAGUCAACGAGCUAGUUUUUCUCAAAAAUAACUUGCUUUCUCCCUCAAAGUGGGAACUCGCAAGGAUUCUGAAAGUCCAUCCCGGACUGGACGGUCGCGUCCGCGUCGUCACAGUGCGCACCGCCAAUUCCGAGCUUAAACGACCAAUAACCAAGAUCUGCCCGUUGCCUGCGUCUAUCAACUCUCCGGGACCUGCAGAAUCCCGUUAG